AUGCCGAGGCUCCCGCAUGAUGAUAUGACUGCCACUGUCCUGAGUGGAAGAUCUAAAACUAAUACCUUCCACAUCCAGACCAGGGUCAAACAAGGUUGCAUGAUCGCCCCCACGCUGUUCACCAUCUACCUGACCAUCAUCAUCCACCAAGAUGAUCUACCAUCUGGCCUCAAUAUCCAAUAUCGACCGAAUGGGAAGCUUUUCAAUCUUGGGCGCUUCCAGGCAAAAAUGAAAUUCAUCACCAAGGACAUCCACGACCUUCACUGUUGGUUUGGCAUGACCACCCCAGCCACCGUUGGAGGCAAAAUUUUUCUGAUAUUUUACGGCCUUAUAGGAUGUGCAGGGACCAUUUUGUUCUUUAACCUGUUCCUGGAACGUUUGAUCACAGUCAUAGCCUACGUCAUGAAAUCUUGCCAUGAGAGACAGCUAAGGAGAAAAGGGGUCCUUCCUCACGAUGGCCGACGAGGUUCAGGGAACUCUGAGGUGGACAGCUUGGCAGGCUGGAAACCUUCUGUGUACUAUGUCAUGCUCAUUUUAUGCAUAGCAUCACUUAUUAUUUCCUGUUGUGCCUCUGCAAUGUACACACCAAUUGAAGGAUGGAGUUAUUUUGACUCACUCUACUUUUGCUUUGUGGCCUUCAGCACUAUUGGUUUUGGUGACUUGGUCAGCAGCCAGAAUGCACAGUAUGAAAGUCAAGACCUCUACCGGUUUGGCAACUUUAUCUUCAUACUCAUGGGGGUUUGCUGUAUCUACUCCUUAUUUAAUGUGAUCUCUAUUGUCAUCAAACAGUCUAUAAAUUGGAUAUUGAAAAAGAUGGAUUGCCGGUGCUGCCACAGAUGCCAAAGAAAAUUUUUUAGGUCACGGAGGAACGUGGUGAUGCCAGGGAAUGUUCGGAACCGGCGAAACAUCUCCAUUGAGACCGACGGCAUCAACGAGAGCGACACAGAUGGUCGUCGACUGUCUGGCGAGAUGAUCUCCAUGAAAGAUUUUUUAGCUUCCAACAAAGUUUCACUGGCCAUCAUGCAAAAACAGCUGUCAGAAACUGCCAAUGGGUAUCCCAGGCAAAUGAGCUCUAAUUCUAGACAAAAUGGAUUCUCUGGCGGGAUAGGAGCCCUGGCAAUUAUGAAUAACAGGCUGGCAGAGACAAGCGUGGAUAGGUAAAAUGAAAAACAAUAAGAAAUACUUUGAAAAUUAGUGUGGAAUCAGUGUGGAAAUCAGUAGGAAGUGAAUGUCAUCAGAGAGGCAGAGCAAACUGAGUAGGACACGUUCUGUUAGAAGAUCUCUCAUUCUUUUUAAAGUUUUUUUGGUGGAGGAGGGAUUUCCAUUGGUAUUCUUUGCACUGCUCAGAUUGCUACUCUCUGUUCUCCCAUUCUUUCUGUUCCACAAACAGGGCACAGAAGACAAUAUGACCAAUAAAACAUAAUGGAGCCCCCAAGAAAUCUUCUGCAGCUGAUUUCCUGCAUUUAUGCUAAAUUCAGAUUAAGGGAUAAGGAAUUGAUGGCCUUGGGAGAAAUUACCUUUCACUUCUCCAGAAUUAAAUUCUUUAAUUCACAAAUUGUAAUUAAUUCUAUAAUUCACUUUAUUUUUUCUCCCAUUUGCUUGGGACCUGACUUCUGAAUGUAGCAUGUCUGAGACAGAAACAGAAACCAUUGUAAGCCUUAUUCUGUGAUGUCUAUGCUAUUGCACUCCUAUUUAAGUCAGUGAAAAACAAACACAUCUCAUGUCUCUAAAUGGAUUCCUGUUGUGAAACACUAUAAUUGUAAAGUCAACUUCUGCCAUGAAAUGUAUCAGUGUAAAUCAAAAAUAGUUCCAUCAAAGUCAAUAGAGCUCCUCUGGAAUUACACUGGUAUAACUGAGAACAGAAUUGGACCCCUAGAAUGUCAUUCAGUCUUCCCUUUAAAAGGACGCUGUCAAAAGUAGUAGAAUCAAGAUUUGGUCUACUUUUCCUUGUUGAUGUUUGUUUCCAAAGGACAUGUGACCAACCUUUUCUAAGUUAUUUUUCCUUCUAUAAUUGAAUGAAUAUAGUUUCCUUUAAACCAAUUAAAUUAAAUUGAAACUAGCCAUAUAAACAAGUCUCAUAGGUAACUCUACAAUAACAAAAUAAGGACUUUUCAAACUCUGUUUGUAUUGUGCCCAAUCAAGACUGAACAACUGAGCAUAACAAACAAGCAAUAGUAAUGCUUAUAUAGUGAAUAGGUUGCAUUAUGAAAAUAAAUUACAAUGGAAAUAGAUUACAAUAGAUUAUUAUAAGCAACUAUG